UAAGUAGUCGGAUUCUGUUAUGUAAAGACCCUGUGGGGCACCUGACCAAAUGGUGAUCCCAGACUGAGUAACCCCAAAUCACCUGGGCUGUGCUGAACUUGUUGAGAUUGACCACCAUCCCUUCAAACCCUGCCAGCCUAAUCCCCUGUCUGUUAGGAUGUUGCCUGAACUGCCCCCUCCCUCCCCCCUCUCACUUCUCUCCUUCCUUUCAGAACACACUGAGCCACUCUUUCCUCACUGUUGCCCUGGAAGACAAUACCUCCUUGGGGAGAAUAUACAGUCUAGGACUAGAGAAAAUGGGAGCAGAGGCUAUUUCAUGAAUGAGUUAGAAAAGGGGGAAUUCCUUAGGGAGGGAGAAGGGUGAGAAUGCCAGAAACUGGCUUAGAUGUAUUGUCUCCCUUAGAGUGAUUUAUUUUUAGUUGUAGGGAUGGAAGUAGUUUGGAGACCUAGAGAAGAAACUGAGGAAGAGGGGAGGGCCACCCAGAAGUGAGUAGGAGGUUUUCAGUUGAGUUCUCUGCCUGUUUAAGCAAAUCGAGGAAUUCAGACAGCUAAGGAGAGAAGGGAUUGGCUGGGAUGUACUGGAGGGGGUGGCUUCUUUUCCUCCAUAGAUUUAAGUAGGGGCCAGAGAGGUUGGAGAAGAUGCUCUGACGAAGUGAAUACUUGCUAUUUGCUGCACCUCACCAUGUCACAGACCCUGAAGCUGGCGACAAAGAUGUCACAGUUUACCAGAUUGAUUCCAGAACUAGGUGUAAAGCUGGGCUUGAAGGGCAAGGAGAGAACCUCCUCUGGUUUGACGGACCUUCCCGGUCCUUCUACUCUCAGCUUCCUAACAGAACUUUUCUGCAAAGGGGGGCUGUCCCGUCUACAUGAGCUACAGAUGCAAGAUUCUGCUCGCUUCGGUCCAAUAUGGUUUGCCAGCUUCGGGCCGGUGCGGACCGUAUAUUUGGCAGCUCCUGCACUGAUCGAGCAGCUGCUCCGACAGGAGGGUCCCUACCCGGAGCGCUGCAGCUUCUCUCCUUGGGUGGAACACAGGCGACGUUGCCACCGGGCCUGUGGGCUGCUCACAGCGGAAGGAGACGAAUGGCAAAGGAUCCGGAGCCUCCUGGCCCCUCUUCUGCUCCGGCCCCGAGCCUCCGCUCACUACGCAGAGACUCUGGACGGUGUGGUUUGCGACCUGGUGCGCUUGCUACGGAGAAAGAAGAGCCUUCUAGGAGGAUCAGCCGACCUCGUCCGAGAUGUAGCUGGAGAAUUCUACAAGUUUGGCCUGGAAGGCAUUGGGGCUGUACUCCUGGGCACCCGGCUAGGUUGUCUAGAGUCUGAAAUGCCCCCAGAAACGGAGACCUUCAUUCGCGCAGUGAGCUCCGUAUUUGUAUCCACACUACUGACCAUGGCGAUGCCAAACUGGCUGAACCGGCUCCUGCCUGGACCCUGGAACCGCCUGUGUCGGGACUGGGACCAGAUGUUUGCUUUUGCCCAGAAGCACAUGGAGCUGAGGGAGGCUGAGGCAGCCACAAAGCCUAUAGGGGAGCCUAAAAAUGUCAAUGUUUCUAGACCUCACUUGACCCACUUACUGUUCCAGAAAGAGCUACCAUAUGCCUCUAUCCUGGGAAACAUUACUGAGUUACUUCUGGCCGGCGUGGACACAGUCUCCAAUACACUUUCCUGGGUUCUAUAUGAACUUGCACAUCACCCAGAAGUUCAGACUGCACUCCAUGCUGAGAUCACAGGUGCCAUGGCCCCUGGGUCUUCCACCCACCCACCAGCUACUACUUUGGCCCAGCUGCCCCUUCUGAGAGCUGUAGUGAAGGAAGUACUGAGGCUAUACCCUGUGGUACCUGGAAAUUCUCGUGUCCCAGACAGAGAUAUCUGUGUAGGUGAUUAUAUCAUCCCAAAAAAUACCCUGGUCACAUUGUGUCACUAUGCCACAUCUCGAGAUCCUGACCAGUUCCCAGAACCAAAUGCCUUCCAUCCAGAAAGAUGGCUGGGGGGACAGCCAGCUCCCCAUGCUUUUGCCUCUCUCCCCUUUGGCUUUGGCAAACGAAGUUGUAUAGGAAAGCGCCUAGCAGAACUUGAGCUAAACCUGGCUCUGGCCCAAAUCCUGAUCCACUUUGAAGUCAGGCCAGAGCCAGAUGCUGGGAUCAUCAAGCCAAUGACCAGGACAGUCCUGGUACCUGAGAGAAGCAUCAACCUGAAGUUUGUGAACCGAUAGAUGUGAUUUAUCUAUUUUCCUUUUCUCCCAUUCCUUGAUAGAAAAGGAUAAAUAGACACAAGUACUCAGUGUCUGGAAAAUACUUCUUCCCUCUUCUCUAUAGGGAGGACAAGGUCCUUUUGGGCUGAACUGGAGAAUGACCAAAUCAAAAGCCUUGAGAUAGAUCUGGACAAAGGACAAGAAAGUUCAUCUGUUGAAUACAUACUAUGCAUUUGGUCUAGACCAGUGAGAUUGUGGACCACAAGGUUAAUUUUGACUUUAAGCCACAUAAAACAAAGGUCUGAGGAACUGUCUGAUUCCAUCUUUUUCCAUUCAUCCUCUGAAGCCCUCUGAGCCCUGGUCAUGUAGGUACUUAUUCUUUCCUAUUAAGCCUAGAACCUUAGACCAACUCCCAAACCAAGAUUUCUAUUUUAUACCACUAACAACCCAAAUCCUGCCCACACUCCUUCCCAUAACCUUUUUUUUUUUUAAUGAUUCUUCAUGCUUUUAUAAUUAAAAAAAUAAUAAUAAUAUCCUCCUGCUACCAAUUCUGGAUUUCUCUGUCUUGCUCAUCACUUCCAACUUUUCAGGUGGUAAUUCUGGAUCUUCCCACCUGAAUUGGUUUCCCUGGCACUGGAAGUGACCUGAUGAACACUGGGUGGUCUGGGCACCUGGAAGAGUUUGUUGCAUCACUGACCCAGGCAUGUUGCUAUCUGCUAUGGGGAGCAGCCAAGCCUAGCUUCCUACAAAAAAAUAAAAGCAGGAGGGCCUGAAGAAUCAAGCUUCUAAUCAAUGGGUUAGACAAAUCAAAAAAGAAUAGACAUGCAGGUUUGAAUAAAAGUGUCAGAGCAUCACAAAGAUGAGCAGAGGGUGUUGGGUGGUUUCCAAGGGAGGGACCUUUGGCAAUAGGACUCUCAAAGUCAAAGUGACUUUACAGAGUAACUAACUCUCCAAUUUCCUGAAAUUAUUUUGAGAUAAUUUCCU